CCAGCCAAUUAUAAUUCGUACUAUUUUGUAGUAUUAUAUAGUAUUAUAAUUUCUUUUCUAAUACAAUUGUUUUCCAUGUUGGCAGUAAGAAGGGGAAAAAAAGAAAGUUGAAUGAAUAGAUAAGCCAAGAAAAAAGAAAAAGGAAAGAUUUGCUAGGUAGCUUCUAAUAUUUCAUAUAUUUAUAUACUGCAUUUGACUCUUGUUUUCUAUUUCCACUUAAGUCUCUCUCUCUCUAUGGUUUUGUAUGAAAAGAUAGAAGGUUCUGCUUUUGUGUGGAUUGAUUCAUAGCACCACAAAGAACUACAUAUGAUUUAUUUCUUAUGAUUAUUGGCUCUAGCUUCUCAGAAAAAUUGAUGGGAAAGAAGAAAAUUUUGAAGAAGACAAAGGAGUUAUCAGUAGCAAUAGCAGAAUCAUCAGCAAUGAGUGGAGACUCUCAACAACAACAGAUUACUCCUAGGAAAAGAGGAAGACCAAGGAAAAUUAUUGUAAAAAAUGAAGAAGAGACAACUGGAGAAGUAAAGAAACUCAAACCAAAUGAAGGUGAAGAAUCAGAAAAUAAAGAAGAAGCAGAAAGAGAAAAGAAGGAAGAAGAAGAAGAACAAUCUGAAGAAAAUUUAGAGCCACAAAAGCAGCAACCUACAAGGAGCAGAGCAAGAAGAAAAAGCAAGCCAAGAAAGAGCUGCUAAAAAUCACUUUAAAAAGUCUCCUUUUUCUUUGUAGGUAAUUUUUGAAAUAAAGGGAAGUAUGAGUCUUUCGAAAACCACCUCUCUAUCUUCACAAGAUAAAAAUAACGUCUCCGUACCCUAAAUCUCACUUGGCGGAAUACCAUGGUAUGUUGUUGUAAAGGGAAGUAUCAAAGAUGAACAAGUUUAUUCAUCUAUUGGAAUUUGUUCCUUGUGCUGUUAGUUUUUUGGUUUUAGUAUGUCCAUUUUAAAUUUUUAAUUGUGAGAAACAUUUUGUUAGGAAGGAAAUGGUCAGCUUUUACACUCUGGAUUGAAUUGUGAUAUUGACUGUAAUGACUUUUGUGUAAAGUGUGCUCAAUUCAAGAAAGUUGGAUAAA